GGCCCAUACCCUAUGCAGAUCUCUGAGAUGCUGAGUCUGACCAGAUCGAGGCUUGCAACGCAAAUGUCCCGUCCGCUGUUCCGUAGCAGCCGAGUUCAUUUGGUGGCGCUUGUUUGGUCUGUCUGUAAGCGGCAAAAACAUUUAAAGCUUCUUUAGGAGGAGCAGAGCCGGUGUUUGGCACCAUGUCCAGCCGGAGAUCGGCCGCUACCUCCGAGACGGAGGAUUCCGAUGGGAACAUGAAUGGAGGCGAUUAUGAGUCCACCGACGAGGACGAUCUCAGCCGCAGGCAAAUACGACAGCAGUACCGGGACCUUAUACGGAACGUACAGCAGAACCGUGAGGAGAUGCUGAGCUCCAGGAGUGAUAAACUGACUGAAGCCCUGGAGGAGGCCAAUAAAAUCUUUGCAGGAGUGUCCCGUGCCAGAGAAGCGGCACUUGAUGCCCAGUUCCUGGUUCUGGCUUCUUGCCUUGGGAAGGAGAAAGCCAGUCAGCUUCAUGCCGAUAUGACUGUGUUUGACCCAACGUCGUUUGCAGAGGAUCUGCUCUCGUUCAUGGGCUUAAAUCGCAUGGAAUCACCAGGACACAAUUGUGAGAAUGAAAGCGACGAUGAGAGUAAUGCUGGGGGAUACCUGCCUGCUGAUGCUUGGCAGAAACUUGGGUCGGAAGCAGAAAAAUGCUUAAAAAGAACACCAACCUUUCAUUUUCUGUUGGGAUCAUUUAACACCGAACCUCCAGUUGUUCGGCAACGGAUCGAACGGCAGAAGAGGUGCAAUAAAACGAAGGAGAAAGGUGUAAUGCCAGCGCAGCUGAAGAAAAUGGAAGAAUCCCACCAAGAAGCCACAGAGAAAGAGGUGGAACGGAUUUUGGGAUUCUUACAAACGUACUUCAUAGAAGAACCGGAAACACCCAUUUCUUUUUUUGACUUUGUCAUUGAUCCAAACUCCUUUGCACGAACAGUAGAGAACAUCUUCCACGUCUCUUUUAUUAUAAGGGAUGGCUUUGCUAGAAUAAAGCUUGAUCAUGACAAACUGCCAGUGAUAGAACCAAUUGCACAGGAAAAUAAAAGCAAUAUCGACGAGCAUAAUCAGCCAAGGUAUCAGGGAGUCGUAUACCUUAGCCACCAAGACUGGAAGGAGAUCGCAGAGACAUUUGAAAUAACUGAACCGAUGAUCCCCCCACCAGUUUUACCUUAAGAUGUUUGCAAGAAGAUUUUAUAUUUUACCUUUGUUUUUUUACCUUGGGCAUUUGAGCUGAAUGUUUUAUAUCUGUAAAUUGUUGUACAUACCUAGAAAAAACAAUUUAAGCCAC